CCUUUAGUUGCGCGAUUCGCUAAGGAAACACAGCACGGUGCAACACGGGUACACAGUUCCACUACAGACAGUUAUGGCAGCGCACAGUUACCUGGGAUUCGCCCUUUGCGAUGAGAAGUAGAUAAUAUUCACAUGCUCUUCGCUUUAUUAGAGAUGCCAGGUCCUUGCUGAUGGGGGUGAGCCGGCUCGAUGUCCUCUACCGAAGGCUUCUCCUAACCAAACUCUUCAUCCAGGGAUGGGGGAAGCCAGAAGACCUAAAGAGAAUAUUUGAGUUUAGGAAAAUCAUCGGCGACAGAGAAAGAUGUAAGAACUUGGUACUGCAUGACUAUCCGGUUUUUAUUGAUAAGGUAGAGGAUCACUCGGACUGCACCAUUCACAACGGUCACUUCAUAUCUCCACUCGAACACUACGUUCCAGGCAUUUUACCAACAGAAUCAGUCAAAGCCAGGUUUCAGUUUAUAGUGCCCAAAAAAUGGAGGAAGCACCGACCUGUGUGUAUCCACUUAGCCGGAACAGGAGAUCACUUUUUCUGGAGGAGACGAACUCUCAUGGCCCGGCCGAUGAUCAAAGAGGCAGGAAUGGCGUCCCUGCUGCUGGAAAACCCGUAUUAUGGCUUCAGAAAACCAAAAGACCAAGUGCGAUCCAGUCUGAAGAACGUCUCUGACCUGUUCGUGAUGGGCGGCGCUCUGGUCCUGGAAUCGGCCGCACUGCUGCACUGGUUAGAACGAGAGGGCUUCUGGCCGCUGGGCAUGACGGGCAUCUCCAUGGGAGGGCAUAUGGCGUCUUUAGCUGUGACCAACUGGCCGAAACCUAUUCCUCUGAUCCCUUGUCUUUCAUGGACUACUGCUUCAAACGUUUUCACCACGGGAGUGUUGAGUCGAGCUGUGAACUGGAGGGAGCUGGAGAAGCAGUACGCCACACACACCGUCUACGAGGAAGAACUCAUCCACAUGUUGGAGUACUGCGGGACGGACUCGUUCAGGAUGGGCCAGGACUUCGUCCGGGACGUGCCGGGCAGCUUCGACAGCCUUUCGCACAUGUCCCUAUCCAGUAACCUUCUACUGGAGCGAAGGGGCGGGGUCGAGGACGGAUUGGAUCACGUCCUGUCCUCCUCCGUCGGCAUCGGUGGCAGCCGGACUCGCGUAGACGCGCACCGUGGCAGCGGGGUGAGCCGCGGCGCUGCCAGGCUCCACUCUCUGCAGCGGGAGUCGCUGUGCUUCAUGAAGGGCAUCAUGGACGAGUGCACCCACAUCGCCAACUUCUCAGUGCCAGUGGAUCCCAGUCUGAUAAUCAUAGUCCAGGCUAAAGAGGACGCCUACAUCCCUCGCUCGGGCGUGCGCAGCCUGAAGGAGAUCUGGCCCGGCUGUGAGGUUCGAUACCUCAGCGGGGGCCACAUCAGCGCCUACCUGUUUAAACAGGCCAUGUUCAGUCGUGGCUGAUUGAAGUUUAUAUCUCUCGCCACUGUUGCCAACUUUGAGGAGGGUCGAGGCUGCCACACACCCCCUCCAACACGCACCCUGUGGCAGAUCGCUUCUUUUCACCUGCAAGGAUGGGGUCACACAGCACAGUAUCUCGUGUAGAGGGUCAUGCACUGCCUUCUUUGAUCUGCCGCCCCUCGUGCAGGUGCCUCGACCGGUCAGCAGAGGUCGUGAUUGCCCAAUGAAGACGAGGAACACAGGCAAUCAGGGUGAAAAAAUGGUUAGGAUGGUUAGAAUUAAAAGCAUGAAGUAUAAAACUAGUUCUAGUAAAGCCACAGAAGCUGAUGUUGAUGUGAAAUGUGAUCAUGUUUUUCUUGUAUGGAUAUUGAUCCGCAGACGGGCCAUUUACGACGCUUUCGACCGCUUCGUUCAGAAGUAUCCCCUGUUGUUAUAGCAACGGAUCAUCCGCCGUGGUGCCAGUCUAGAAGCCUGGCACUGGAAAUCUAUUCGUAACACCAGAUCGCAGACAGGACCUGUAAUGAAAACAUAUCAGCGUGGUGCUACUGAAGACUGAUUGUGGGUGUGAACACUUUAUGGACUUUUCAAUUCCUUUCGAGACCAACAUGCGCCUUGUUUCCUGACCCAAAAGGGACAGAGUUUAUUACGUCCACACACUAAGAGUCGUGGUCUCGGCCUUGUCCUUCCACCGUGUGCUUUUAUUAAUCACAGUAUCACAGAUUACUGCCAAACCUGAUAAAUCAUAUCAGAUUAACACUGUGAUAGGAUCUGAAAUGGAAAUGUAUUAUGAUUUUUGCAGCACUUGUUCAGUGUGAACAUUAAAUCAUGCACAAUUCAUAACUGGAACUACUUUACAAAGCCUUCAUGUGUCCGUGUCUCAGCCUUACAAUAAACAAGCCGAGUUCUGACGUUA